AUGUUAUUUACCGUACUCGGAGUUAUUGCUCUCUUCCUGAGAGAAAGAAACAUCAAUUCCACCGUCUCAGGUCAAGAUGAAAGAUUCGACCGUCAAGGAGAAUUGGUCACGGUACCCCCCGUGACCAACAGUGAUGGUCGAGAAAUCGGUGACUGGUGUGAAGAUUCAUCUUUGCAUCUGGAGGAACAGAUCAAUGUUCAGACUGAGGAACCGUCAAUGGAGGAACCUGUUGAUGGUCAGAGUGAAGAACAAUCACUGGUAGAGCCUGACAAGCCUGUCAGUGUUCACGGUGAAGAACAAUCACUGGUAGAGCCUGACAGUGUUCACGGUGAAGAACAACCACUGGUAGAGCCUGACAGUGUUCACGGUGAAGAACAAUCACUGGUAGAGCCUGACAGUGUUCACGGUGAAGAACAAUCACUGGUAGAGCCUGACAGUGUUCACGGUGAAGAACAAUCACUGGUAGAGCCUGACAGUGUUCACAGUGAGGACUCGGCCAUCUCCUCCAGCAGUGAUGAUGUUUCUCCAAACCUUUUCUACGCUGAGUCCAGCAGUAGUGAUGACUUCCCUCAUGAGAUUUACUCAGCCGGAUUCAACUGUAGUAGUGAGCUCACAGCCAGCUCCUACAGCAGCUUCUUCUCCGCUGAGUCCGGCUGUGGUGAAGACGCCUCUACAGAUUUUCUGUCCGCUGAGUCCGGCUGUGGUGAUGACGCCUCUACAGAUUUUCUGUCCGCUGAGUCUGGCUGCGGUGAUGACCCCUCUACAGAUUUUCUGUCCGCUGAGUCCGGCUGCGGUGAUGACCCCCCUCCAAAUGUGGUCUCUGCUGAGCCUGGCUGUAGUCAUGACGAUCCUCCAAAUGUGGUCUCUGCUGAGCCUGGCUGUAGUCAUGACGAUCCUCCAAAUGUGGUCUCUGCUGAGCCCGGCUGUAAAGAUGAUGUUGCUCAAGGUGCAACCUGUCAGACAGAGGGCACUGUUCCACCUCAGCCAGAAGAGCAGAAGGAUAAAGACACACACAUCAUUGAGAUCAACUCACAGCGCUAUGAAAUUGGUGCUAAGCUGGGCAAAGGAGGUUUUGGAACUGUUUUCGCAGGGACCCGUUUAGAAGAUGGCCUUCAGGUGGCAGUAAAAAUUGCAGAUUUCAAGGAGAGGCGAUUCACCUAUGUUAAAGGGUUUGACAAACUACUUCCAAUGGAGAUCGCUCUGCACUUUCUUGCUACAAAAGGUCCCAAGGUUAAACAAAUUGUUGAGCUGCUGGACUGGAAGGUGGAGGCUGAUCGCUACAUUAUGGUCCUUGAGUGGCCCAUACCCUGUGUGGACUUAGAUCACUUUUUAAGAGACCACAAAGGCAUUGUUGCAGAGGACGUGUUACGGAAAAUCAUGUUUCAGGCAACAAUUGCAGCUGACACAUGCCUCACACGUGGAGUGUUUCACCGCGAUAUCAAGCUGGAGAACCUGCUGAUUAACCCCGAGACCUUUGAAGUCAAACUGACUGACUUCGGGUGCGGUGCCCUCGUAACUAAGGAUGGUUACAGAGAGUUUUGGGGCACACCACAGUACUGCCCUCCCGAAUUUAAAGGCCUUAACAAAUACAAUGCUGAGCCAGCGACAGUGUGGUCACUUGGGAUUCUUCAGUAUUUGCUAAUAUUCAACGAUUUCCCAGAAAACCGCGACCUCUUCAGGUUGAAUUCUGGACAUGCAAAGCAUGAUGGAUGGUCAAAAGAAUGCAAUGAUUUCCUCUGCAGUUGUCUGGAAAUUAACUACCCUUUUCGGCCUAAGUUGCAAGCACUCCGUGUCCAUGCCUGGUUUAAGGUAAUGAAUAGAUUUUGUCAUCAGUCAAAUUAA